AUCAACGUCACUGCAUCUGAACCGUUACCGACACACCUCCAACACUUGUGGUACACACACAUUCCUUCAGUUUUCCAUGGUGCUCGAUCGCUGCGGGCGCAAUAACGCACUUCAGCUGGCAGUCUGUACAUGAGGCGGUACGAGGCGCACUGACCGCGCACUGUUUGGAAAAUGAACUGCUGCAAAUGUCCAAAAAUACAAAGGUUUACCAUGUAGCUACAGAAGAGUGAGUCUCUCACUGGAAUAAGCAUAUUCUGACUGAUUUAUGCCCUGUGACUACGGACAACUACAAUGGAUAUCACUUUGGACCCCCUUUCAACAUCUGUUCUUUACGACGAGGAAGAUGGAAACGAAACCUCCACCAAUCUGUUCGAGCAGCCGGACUGGCAGGUGGCACUAUGGGCGAUUGCAUACUCUUUGAUCGUAAUUGUGUCCAUCAUUGGCAAUGUCACUGUUAUUUGGAUAAUUCUGGCACAUAAGCGCAUGAGGACAGUGACCAACUACUUCAUUGUUAACCUCGCCUUUUCCGAUGCAUCUAUGGCAACUUUUAACACUGUUUUCAAUUUCGUGUACGCUUUGCACAAUGACUGGUAUUUCGGUUUAGGAUACUGUAAAUUUCAAAACUUCUUCCCAAUAACAGCAAUGUUCUCAAGCAUUUAUUCAAUGGCGGCUAUUGCUGUUGACAGAUAUAUGGCUAUAAUCUACCCCCUGACGCCCAGGCUCUCCUCCACUACUACUAAAGUUCUGAUUGGAAUAAUCUGGACUGUGGCUUUUUCUCUGGCCUUCCCUCAGUGUUAUUACGCCAGCACCAAGUUCUACUUCCCUCGGACUGUAUGUAUGGUGGAAUGGCCUGAUGAUUAUGGAGGGAAACAUCAGCUCUCAUAUCAGAUUGCUGUGAUUAUCCUGAUCUACUUGCUCCCUCUGCUGGUGAUGUUGGUGACCUAUAGUUUGGUGGGACAGAGGCUGUGGGGCAGUGAGAUCCCUGGAGAAGCAUCAGACCACUACCAGAACCAGAUGCAGGCGAAACGGAAGGUUGUGAAGAUGAUGAUAGUGGUGGUGACAACCUUUGCAAUAUGUUGGCUCCCCUACCACAUCUACUUCAUUCUGGGGAGCUUCAACAGGGACAUAUACAAGCAGCACUACAUCCAGCAGGUCUAUUUGGCCAUCUUCUGGUUGGCCAUGAGUUCCACUAUGUACAACCCUAUCAUCUACUGCUGUCUAAACCAAAGAUUCCGCUCAGGUUUCCGUAAAGCGUUCCAGUGGUGCCCCUUCAUCAAGAUUUCUGAGGAGGACAACAUGGAACUGCAGCACAUGAGGACCUUCCAAAUGAGGCGCAGUUAUCGCACCGAGACCACCAGCAUGGUGGUCCGAAAUCAUGCCAGUGAACCAGAAGACAACACAUCCAAACUAAUCAAAGCUUGAGUCGACCAUAUUUCAGUGGUAGGUAAACAGAGAGAGAAAACACUAUUGUUGGCUAUUCUUGAAAUCAAGCACGCCCACACUUUGCACUUACAGUAAUAACUCACAUUGUGCUCUAUGGUGGAUUCAGUGGGCUUUACAAGCGAAGAAUUCCUCUAUUCCUAUAUGGGUAUAAACACCAAGCCUUAUUUGUUUCUGUGUUGCUGCUUAAAGUACUAGUCCUACAUAUAGAUCAUGCAGUAUGUUCUGUAGAUUGUACUGUUCAAACAUUUGUGGUUAGUAAAAUUAAAGAAAUGAAUACUUUUAUUCUGAAAUGAUGCAGUGAACGUAACAAGAAUACAUUCAAUUUUUAACAUAUAUUAAAAUAGAAAGCAGUUAUUUCAAAUUGUAAUAAUAUUUCACCAAAUUACCAUUUUACUGUUUUUUGGUCGAACAAAUGCAGUCUUGAUUUUUAUCAAAAACUUGGUCUCUCUAAAAAUGUUACAUAGCCAAAACUUUUGAACGGUAGUGUACUUGUUGUUUUAUAUUUUAUACACUCUUCUUUUGAAAAAUCAAGGUUUUAGACUUUAAAUAUUGGUUGAAUGUAAAGUGGUGCCUGUAAAAUCGACAAAACAAAAAAUCAACAUUAAAUUGGUCAGUGCAUCUGUACCAGGUCAAGGUUAUGAGAUAUACUGUACCGUCAAGUGUAAACAGGGCUGUUCUCUUAAAUUGACAUGGAAGAAAAAGAAACAAAAGGAGGAGGGAAGAUGUGUUCCAUAUAUAUAUAUAUAUAUAGUUGUCGAAGACAUUGAAACCAAAUAGACAUUUUCACGUUGUAAUUGUACUGUACAUAAAGCAAAGUCACAUUUCAGUGGUACUCAAUGUUUUAGCAUGUAUUAUCUAAAGAUAUGUAGCCUACUUCUGCAUGUACAUCCAUACAUUUGACUGAUUUUGUCAUAUUCAAGUCUGUGUUCCCCUGUCUCCUCUCAUGUUUUCAGUUCCCCAUUAGUUUGAUUAGACCUAGGUACGGGGCUUAUGGGAAAUGGAGUUCAGUAGUACUCAGGAGACGGAGCUCUGGGUUGAGCGGAGAGAGCCACAGAGGCGCGAUUCAUGACAGAUUUAAAGACAGUUUGCCUUUUAUUUCAAUUUUAUUGUCUUUCUGGUACAGCAUUCAACAAAUUCAAAAUCUAUACAUAGAUUCUGAAAGAUAGUUGAUUAAUAGCCCAAUUAAGCUGUAUGUUUUACAUAUAAAAAUCAUUUUGUGCUUGUAAUGUUGUCACACACAGUAUAUGGUAGUGGUAAUAUACAAUUUAUAUAUUUUUGUUGGUAAAAUCUCUGUUUGUUAGUUUUUCUUUUGUAUAAUUGUCUAAGAUCUGUUUAAAUGAUUGUUCUGUGUUGAAAUUGAAGUAAAUUAAAUAGUAAAUCUGACUUGAUGUUCUUUACUACACCUUGCAGCUUACAAUUGAAGAAGGCUCACAUUUGGCUCCCUUAUACGCCUUAUUCACGGCAGCGCCAUCUUUGAUUUUUAAUGAGAAUGAAAGCGAGGCUGUGAGGCAUAGAC